AUAGUCUCUUCAGCGAGUGGUAAGACGCCUUCAGCUGCCGUUGCUCCUUCACUUUGCAUCUACCUUCAAAUCCACCGCCGCGAAAAUGGUGUUCAAGAGGUACGUGGAGAUUGGGAGAGUUGCACUUGUCAACUACGGAAAAGAUCAUGGAAAGCUUGUCGUCAUCGUCGACGUCGUUGACCAGAACAGGGCUUUGGUAGAUGCUCCUGAUAUGGAGAGAAUCCAGAUGAACUUCAAGAGGCUGUCUCUUACCGAUAUCGUGAUUGAGAUCAACAGAGUGCCUAAGAAGAAGGCUUUGAUCGAGGCCAUGGAAAAGGCUGACGUGAAGAACAAGUGGGAGAAGAGCUCAUGGGGUAGGAAGCUCAUUGUUCAGAAGCGUAGGGCUAGCCUCAAUGACUUCGACAGGUUCAAGAUCAUGUUGGCCCAAAUCAAGAAAGCUGGCGUUGUCAGGCAAGAGCUUGCUAAACUCAAGAAGGUGAUCACUGCUUGAUCAGAUUGAGUACUAUCUGCUUAUCUGUUUUUUUUUUGUACUUUUGAUUGGCAAUUAGUGUUUUUACGAAUCUCAACAUCAAUAUCUAUCUACACUGUUGUCGGAUUUUGAAACCUUGUUUCUUAAAAUUUAGUUUGUUAUUUCAUCUUUA